AACUACCGCGGGCGUCAUCCAUGCCGCUAAUAUCUACAGAUAUAAUUCCAUUUAAGAUUUGUUAGAAAAAAUGUGCGUGACAUUGUGUGAAUAAUGUUUCAAUAUUUUGGAAAUAUAUUAUAUUGAUUUCUCAGCGGCAUUGUGAUGUCCGCCCACAAGCUUCCUACGCACUCUACUACGGGAGAAAAUGAUUCAAUGUUUAUAUCAAACUAUAUUUUUCUUUUUAAUAUGGUUGUGCAAUGAUGUCUCUUCAAAGCGAAAUCACACAUUGAAACCAAGAGUUGUACUACCUGAAAAUUAUGUUAAAGAAAUACGACCACCGUCUCGCAAGGGUCAACCCGUGAAUGUGGAGUUCAGCAUAUACGUCGUGGAUGUUAAUUCGAUUAAUGUCGAAGAUAUGGACUUUAGGGUAGAUAUGUUCAUUAGACAGACGUGGAAAGAAAGUCGUCUCCAGCUACCAGAAGACAUAUUUGAAGAAGGUGAUGACCACGUCACUUUACCUCCAGAAUUCUUCGAUAAUCUGUGGCAUCCAGAUCCUUACUUCUUAAAUUCUAAAGUAACAGAGAUAGCAGAGCUGACACAUAAAUUCUCCUCUGUGACACUCUACAGAAAUCAGACCGUUCGUUAUGCCGCAAGAAUGCAUGCAAUAAUCGCUUGUCAAAUGGAAUUCCAACUGUAUCCAAUGGACAUACAGUCGUGCCCGAUUUAUAUAGAAAGCUUUUCCUACAGUAAUCAAAAAGUACGAUUCAAGUGGAGUGACGCAGGGGUAACGAUAAAUCCAGAACUAAAGCUGUUACAGUAUCACAUUGGGGAACCGCUGAGACUUGAAGAGACUAAUGGCUACAUGGCUGAUAAAGAUGGAAACUUCUCUCGUAUAGUCGUCUACUUCAAGUUCGAAAGACAAAUUGGCCAUCAUUUGAUACAAACCUUCGCUCCUUCUUCCCUGGUAGUUAUGCUGUCCUGGUUCAGUUUCUGGCUGGACUUGGAUGCGAUUCCCGGCAGAGUCACGUUACUCGUGACGUGUAUGCUGACUUUGGUCACAAUGUUUACGGGGCUACGAGCUGAUAUUCCUCCUGUUGCUUACGUCAAGGCUCUCGACAUCUGGAUGGCUGGGUGUAUGAUGUUUGUAUUCUCGGCUCUCGGAGAAUUUGUGGUAGUCAAAGUGUUGGACAAGCAAUACCAAAUGAAUAAGUCGAAAUCGCAGGAGGCCUGUCCUCGGAUAAUACCUGUGCGUAUAAACGGUGAAAAGGGUUCAUGCGGUACUGUGGCUGCAUGGGAGGGCAGUGGAGUGCGAUGUCGGAAGGUGGAAAUGGCGUCCCCCGCCUCACCCCCUUCUACUACCCCGGCACCCCCCUCUUUGCUGGGAAUUGAACGAAGGCAGAGCAUUCUGCAGAUUUUUGUGCAGGUUGCAUGGUUGGAUGCAGAUACGGGACAAGAAAGAGUGCUUUGGCGAGAGAUAGACAAACUAUCAAGAGUCGUGUUUCCUGCACUAUUCCUGCUGUUUGUAACACUGUACUGGCCUGUGUUACUCCUGAAGACCAAGACUACAUAACAGACUAUAUUUGUAUGUAUAAGAUAAACAUAGGAUGUUUUACUCUAGGCUAGAAGCCGUAUGUAUUGUAUAUGAGAUGAAAAGGAAGCUAAUUCAUUCAAUAAUGCGACUACAAGUGUGUUUUCAAUAGGUGUAGCUAUUAGUGUAUAUUGUAUUAUAUAAACGAGUCUUUUAUUGAACGGUAGUUGGUGCUAUGUAAAGGUUUGCUCUGUAGAAUAGAUUAUAUAUUUCGAGAA